AUGACGCCCCCGGCUCGAGGACGCGGUACCAGCCAACGCAGUCCGACCGUCCUGGUUACGGACUCGCGAGAUCAACAGCCUGCUUCCACGCCCCGACGUCGCAGAUCACCCGCUACCCGCUUCAUUACCGUCGACAAUGUCUUGCAAUAUGCCUCUGAUGUUCCGUCCAUGCAGCAACGAGGUCCGCCGCAGAUGUCGCGAUCCCGCCGUCUGGCUUCCGCAACGGGCGGGUUGAUUGGUGCGGGUGGUAGUUCGUCUACGGUGGCGAAUGGACGACUGCGAGCACAGCCGCGCCUCCCGCCGCGGACGACGAAAGUUAGCGAGAAAUUGGUGCUGUUGCCGGAUACGGGUGGUGUGGGUGAAGAAGGAGGUGAAGAGGGAGAGGACGAAGACAAUCGCGACGACGCGGAUCUGGUGGAUGAGGAGCUUGUUGCUCGUCUUGCGAGGGAUAAGCAUGUUGAUCCAGAUGCCAUGAGAGAGGCUUUGAUUGCACAGAAACGACUUGGUGGAGGUGACUUUGGCGUCGAUAAUGAUCUUGCGCCGCUUUUGGCAGAGGAAGAAAUUCUUCGCAAGAGACGCACUACACCGGAGCGCGCGAAGAGCUAUGCGGAGCGGUUGCCUAAGGCCAGGCGGACGGAGAAGCUUGCUCGUGUUACGGCUUAUUGUACUGCGCAGGCGUAUAAGAUGGGGUCUGUGGCUUCGUUUGUCAAGGAGUGGCAUGGGGCCCGGACGAAGCUGUACGAUGAUUGCUUGUACACGGCGUAUCAUCUGCCGCUGUUACCUGGUCAUGAGGGGUAUCGAUUGCGCAGCAGUCCUGUACUGAAGUUCCCUGGUGGAAAGUCGCUUUUGGAUGAGGAGAUUGAGCGGAAUGAGCUUCGUGAUCAUCAUGAUGAUUGGAUGGGCGAGGCUGAAGAACAUUCUGUCGGUGGACACAAUCGGCCGGAUGAGGAACAUCAUCAUGAAGCGUCUCCACAGGAUUCGGAUGAUCAUCAUAGCUCUAGAGAACAGCAUGAGGAGCUCCUGAGUCGGACUUCGUCCGAGGAGGAUGCUCGUCAUCGCGAAGAGCAGCAAACCAUGGCUACGGAGGACAAUGGUCACUCUCUGAUUAGCGACGAGCAGCCUCCUGAGCUUGCUCCCCGUCGUCGCCGAUACAGUUCUGACGAUGGCCAUGCCUUCCUACAAGCCCGUUCAGCUUCCCCGGCUAAAUCAUCUUCUGCAAUGCCAGAACGGCCCGCACGAACGCUCUACAAUGUCGCCGAAAUGUUCGUCUUCAGCUAUGGUGUCGUGGUCUUCUGGAACUUCACCGAACGUCAAGAAAAGGAUUUGCUGGCAGAUCUGGCGUUUGCUACCUCUUCAGCAACCGGAACACCCAUCCCACUAACCACAAUGCCCCUUCACGAAGAAGAUUUCGAGACAGAAGAAUUCCACUUCGAAUACUCGACUGAAAUCUCACGACCUCGCGUCUACAAUGACAUGAUCACCCUCCGCAGCGGCGACCACAUGAUCAAACUAGCUAUUAGCCACGGCAUCUCCCAAAGCACAAAACUCUGCUUCUUCGAAGAAGUCAUGGCCCGCCAAAUGGCGGACGCAAAGGACGUCCCUCGCCGACUCGCCAUGACAGGCCAGUUAGGCAUGAAACGCGAAGAAGUCUUCCGAAUCCUCGGCCGCCUCUUCAAAUCCCGCGUCGAAGUCAAUCUCUCUUCAAAUAUGCUCGAUGUCCCCAACUUUUUCUGGGAAAGCGAGCCAACCCUCUACCCACUCUACAUCGCCGUGCGCGAGUACCUCGAAAUCAAACCCCGCAUUCAAGUCCUCAAUGAACGCUGCCGCGUCUUCCUGGACCUCGCAGAGAUCCUCUCAGACUCCGUCGCUGAUAACCGCACCUCCUACCAGACAUGGGUCGUCAUCGUCCUGAUCGUCAUCUCUAUCCUCGUCACGCUCUCCGAAGUCUUCCUGCGUUUCGGUCUGCUUCAUGCCCGUCAAGGCGCUACCUCUGCAAAUAUCUUCGCCCGCGCUAUGGGUCGUUCUCUUCCGUCGCCUUCUUCGGGCUGGCCCCCUGCUAAUGUUCCACCUGGUUGUAUAUGUCCCUCGAUUGCGCCAACGGGCGGGAAUGACUAUAGCAGUGGGCUUAUGGGUCUUUAA